GAGGACGCUCAGUGUGGCAGUCGGCCAGUGGCGCCCGCGCUAGCUGUCUCCUCCACCCACCGUCACCCAGCCGUCACUCACCGUCACAAUGCCGUACGACUUCACUACGUGGGACAGGAACGCCCUGGAGGAGCAGCCAACACCUCUGGAGGGUACCGUGAGAGGCACGGUGCCGGCCUGGCUGCGGGGCGCCUACCUCCUGGACGGACCCGGGCGGAUGACCUACGGGGAGUACGAGUUCAACCAUGUGUUCGACGGCUCGGCGCUCCUGCAGAAGUUCACCUUCGGGGAGACGGGCGUCACCUUCACCAGCAAGUUCCUCCGGAGCUACGCCUACACCACCAACCUCGAGCACCAGCAAAUUGUGGUCUCUGAGUUCGGCACGACAGGGAAGUCAGUCGCCAAAAAUAAGCUCAGCAAGUUGGGCGACAAGUUCGCCUUCGACAAGAUGUUCUCGGACAACGCUCCUGUCGGGGUGGUUGUCUUCGGCGGGGAGUACUACUGUAUUACAGAGGCGCCCUUCCUUCACAAGAUCGACCCCGUCACCCUCGACACCCUCAGUAAGGUGGACCUCCACAAGGAGCUGGGGAUCAACUCACACUGCCCCAACCCUCGCCGGCUGGCCGACGGCACCACCUUCAACAUCCUACACGGCGUCGGCGCCACGGGGCCCAAGUACGACAUCGUCGCCUUCCCUGCCUCCCCCGGAGACGGCAAGAGCACCGUCUUCGUCAAGCCCAAGAAGCUCGGGACGGUAGACGCGCGCUGGAAGCUCAAUCCCUGCCAUAUGCACACCUUCGGCCUCUCCGAGUCGUUCUUCAUCCUGCUGGAGCAGCCCCUCACCAUCGACGUCAAGGCCAUGGUCGCCAACACCAUCCGCGACAAGCCCUUCAUUGGUGGUAUGGAGUGGCUGGAGGACAAGUUGGUGAAGAUUCAUCUGGUGAACCGGGAGACGGGCAAGGAGGUGAAGCAGAAGGUGAAGUGUGAGGCGUUCUUCUACAUGCACAUCAUCAACUGCUACGAGAGAGACAACCACCUCGUUAUCGACGUCAAUGGCUACAAGAAGCCGGACCUCCUACACGCCUUCCACCUCAAGAAUCUCAGAGAGAAGGGCGCUAACCUUGGCAAUGAACUGGAUGGCGGCAAUGUCAAGAGAAUAGUCGUGCCUCUUGGCGUGUCGGAGAAGGCAGCCCCAGAACUCAACCUGGUGAUGCUCCCGGGCAGCAAGGCCAAGGCCCACAGGCUGAAGGACGGCUCGCUCCUCCUCACCCCAGAAGUGAUCACUGACUACGCCUACGAGAUCCCCACACUCAACCCCAGCUACGUCGGCAAGAGGUACCGCUACUUCUACGGCAGCUCUGGCAACAUGACCUCCACCACUGGCAAGGUCGGCAAGGUGGACCUCGACUCCCGGGAGACGAAGGACUGGAGCGAGGACGGUCUCUAUACCAGCGUGGCUUACUUCGUGCCUCGACCAGGAGCCACGAGUGAGGACGACGGCGUGGUGCUGGUGACGCUGCUUCACGCCGACGACAAGACCAAGGUCACCCUCCUGGUCCUCGCAGCUGGGGACAUGACCGAGGUCGCCCGCGUCUCCUUCACCACCCCCUCCGACGUCCCUCGCUCCCUCCAUGGCAUCUACAUCCCGGCGUGAACGGUCGCGACAGCGAGAGUACAAGAACGAGUCUAAGAUUAAUACCAAGUAUAGUUAUCAGAGAAGGCGCCAGGCUGGGAAGAAUUAUUGAACCGUUCAAGUCGAAAGGUAUUCAAAAUGCGUUAAAUAUCCUUCACGAUGACAAUACGAAGAUUAAUGUCAAGAUAAUUUACCUUUAGAACAGGGAAAACAAUUUUGGAAGAUAUGGGGGUUUGAGAAGAGGGAAUUUGUGGAAGGGAUUAUGGGCAGGUGAUCAGGCUAGUCACAGCACCGUACUCCCAAGAACGCCAAAUAAUCUCAGCGGGCAACAAACUGAAGACAAGGAAGCAAAGGGAACUGGAAGACAAGUGAAGCACCAUUGUAGGAGGAAACAUGAGCGCCGGACGUGACGAAUGCAACACUAAUAAUGUCCAGAGUAAUUAAGAGAUACAGGAAAUAUUGGGAAUAAAUACGAACAAAACUAAUAAAUUUUGUAAUUUAGAA